GUCAGUCCCUGAAGUCACUCAGUGAGUAAAAUAGGAGUGCAUAUGACACAAAGUAAUCAAAAAAGUUGGCUACGGUACUAAAUGCCUUUUCUGAGUCACUAGAAUGUCAUUCCUGGGCUAUACAGCUCUCCUCCUAUGUUGGGUGUAUUGUACUGCGGAAAGAGCUUGUGAAGAAUCUCCUCCUAGGAGAGUUAAAGAAAUGCCUACUGAAACAUGGAACAACCCUCCCUAUCCACAUGGUACUCAAGUAACAUACAGGUGUCGGCCUGGAUAUAUAAAAUAUGGACGAAUUUUGUUUGAGUGUGAUGAUGGAGCAUGGAAGCAACGCCGCCCACUGACAGAAUGCAGAAAUAAGCCCUGUGGACAUCCUGGAGAUACUGAGUUUGGUUCCUUUCAACUUACCAGUGGAAAUGAGUUUGUCUUUGGUGCUAGAGUGGAGUACAGAUGUAAUGAUGGAUACCAGAUGCUCAGCCAAAAAAAUUACCGUGAGUGUCUGGCAGAUGGAUGGAGCAAUGAUAUCCCUCACUGUGAAGUGGCAAAGUGUUUACCUGUAAAAGCACCAGAAAAUGGAAGAAUAGUUAUGACUGGUGCAUUUGAGCUAAACCAAGAAUAUUCCUUUGGCCAGGUUGUAGAGUUUGAAUGUAAUGAAAAAUAUAAGCUUGUUGGAUCUAAAGAAAUACAUUGCUCUUCUGAUGGAAGAUGGGAUAGCGAUGUACCUCAAUGCCAAGAUAUUAUCUGUAACGUACCAGCAAUUCCUCAUGGAUUUGUGCGUAACUCAAAGUCAUCUUACAAGGAGUCUGAACAAAUACAGUUUGGUUGUGAAAAAGGAUACACAUUUGGUGUAAGAGCAGAUGCACUAUGUACUGAAUCUGGAUGGCAUCCAACCCCCUACUGCACAGAAAUUUUAUGCUCUCCUCCAAGAGUUCCCAAUGGGAACUUUAGCCCUCAAGAAGACAGCUACAGAGAAGGGUCUGUGAUCACAAUAGACUGUAAUCCUGGAUAUCGUUUGAGAACACUGUCUGGCAAAAAUACAGCUCAAUGCACCAGCAGAGGCUGGGUGCCUGCUCCAGAUUGUGUUGAGAAACCCUGUGACUACCCAGUGAUAGAAAAUGGCAAGAUAAAUGAAAGAAUGGCACGCUUUUACUUUCCAAUGAGGAUUGGGCAGUAUGUUGAUUACCACUGUCGUACUGGCUACUCAACCCCAAGCAGAGAAAGAGUCGCUCGAAUAGUCUGUUCUAGAGGGGGCUGGAAUCCAGAGCCAAAAUGCCUCAAAACGUGCUCUGUAACAUACCUGGAAAAUGGAGAUUUCUACAAUAAUCAUCGUACUUACAUGGAAGGUGAAAGAAUUCAAUAUGUCUGCAACCAAGACUAUCAUACUGAAAAUGAAGAUGGUGAAGUUACAUGCACAAAGAAUGGCUGGUCACCUUUCCCAAGAUGUAUCCGCAAGAAAACAUGCAAGAGUAUUGUUCUGGACAAUGCUUAUUUCAACUCGGCAAUGGGUACAUUUGGCUUACAGGCGAAAGUCACCUAUACGUGUCACAGGGGCUUUGUAACUCCAGAAGGACAAGAAACAGGAGAGAUACAGUGUCAAGAGAAUGGCUGGAUUCCAACUCCAAAGUGCAUCCGAUCAUGUAGAAAACCUCAUGUUCACAUUUUGGAUGGCCAUGUAGAUAAAAGUGUGUUCCUGCCCGGAGAUACAAUUGCAUAUUCAUGUUCAGAGGGAUUUCAAACUGCAGAUAAAAUGACAACUGGUACUACAAGUUGUGAAAUAAAUGGUGAAUGGAAACCAGUACCCAAGUGUCUUGCAAUAGAAUGUGAAAUGCCAAUAUUGCCCAAUGGACAUAUUUAUCCCAGGGAAGAUAAAUACAGAAACGGAGAUGUUGUGAAUUUUUUCUGUGAAAAAAAAUACGAAAGAGUGGGACCUGCCUCUGCUCAGUGCUAUUACUUUGGAUGGUCUCCAUCACCACCAACAUGUAAAGAGAAUCCCAGAGGCUGUGGACCUCCACCUGAGAUUACCAAUGGAAGUAUUGCUGCUGUCUCUCUGCAACAGUAUCAGCAUGGGAGUAGAACAGAAUAUGAAUGUGACCUCAUAUUUAAAUUGGUUGGAUCAAAGGAAAUAGAAUGUGUUGAUGGACAGUGGUCACCUCCUCCUUCUUGCAUUGAAGACAGAGCACCAUGUGGAUCACUUUCCUCUAUCCCAAAUAUUAUUCUUCACCAGCAAGACCAGUCCCAGUUUUCUCAUGGUGUUGAAGUAUUUUAUGGAUGUAAAACAGACGAUGCUAUAAACGUGAGGACAAGAUGUCUUAAUGGGGAAUGGAAGCCUUUACCUCUUUGUGAUGCUCCAUCUCAGCACUGUGAGCUUCCAGUGGAUGUUGAGGUUGUACAACCUAGUUCUUUUUCCAAGCCAAAAAAGGAGAUUGAGCCACAUGGAGUUAUACAGUAUAAAUGUACAUCAACUGACAACAAUAUUAAAGAGGCAACUUGUGUGUCUGGAAAAUGGUCACCGGAGAUUGAUUGUACAGGUGAAAGCACUUGCCCACCUCCACCUCAGCUGCAUGGUGCUAAACAGAUACCAAUUGAAAGAAAUUACAAGAAUGGGAGUAAAAUAACUUUUUCGUGUCUUGAGAGUUUCCACCUCAUUGGUAGGAAUGAAAUAACAUGUAUAAAAGGGAAAUGGCAGUCACCACCCCACUGUGUUGAAAAUCCCUGUUUGCCACCACAACCUGUAGAAUAUGUAGAUGAUCUCAGGCUGGAAAAUCAAAACUUAAAAAUGGAAAAAGAAGGGAAAACAAUUUAUCUGGCCGGUGCUACACUGAAUGUGGUUUGUCAUCCUGGAUAUAAAUUUGAUGGAUCUUCAAAGAUAACUUGUUCUAUGGGAAACUGGACUGCAGCUCCUACAUGCUCUGAAAUACCAUCGUGUGCAGAGAAAAGCAACCAAGCUGGUGAAGGGACUAGAAAGCGAGACAUAUGA